AUGGAAACUCUACAUACGUCAUUAUUCACUGGUUAUAACAAAAAUGUGCGACCAAUAACGAACCAAAACACGGCAAUUGAAGUUAAAAUAGAUAUGUCAGUUAAGUCAAUUAGGGAUUUUGAUGAAGUGAAUGAAAAGUUUUCCUUUGUCGCAGCGUUGGUACUUUCAUGGACAGAUGAAAAGUUACAAUGGGACCCAAGUGUCAAUGGUGGCAUCGAACAGAUUACAGUGUCGUUCAAUGAUGUAUGGGUACCUGAACUGACAUUGUCGAGUCCUUCUUCAAAAGGGUCAACAUUAGGAAAAUCAUCUGACAUAAUUCGUGGUGACCAAUUUGGUCAAAUGGAAUGGAUGCCUGGGGGUCUCAUUGAAAGCACGUGUAGUGUUAACGCUAAAAACUUUCCGUUCGACACUCAGAGUUGCGACACCAGUUUUACUUCCUUAGGUUACAAGAGCCAUGAAGUGAAUCUUCAAGCUGAAUCGCCGUACGUCUAUUUUAAUGUUUAUACUCCUCACACCUUAUGGGCUGUCACCGGAUCAAAAGUUAACGCGAAGCUAACAUCAUCUGGAAAUGAGUCUGAAAUAACGUUCACUAUAAAUUUGAAAAGAGAUGCAACGUUUGCUGUGAUAAACAUUAUAAUGCCAAUAUUAAUUCUGAGCAUGUUAAAUGUUCUCGUGUUUCUUCUCGUGCCAGAAUCGGGAGAACGUAUUGGAUACUGUAUCACAACACUUCUCGCUAUUGCUGUGUACAUGACCAUUGUCAAUAAAUUAUUGCCCCAAACUUCCCAGUCAGUACCGCUUAUUUCUUACAAGUUAAUGAUAGACUUUUUUAUAAGCGCAAUGAUAGUAUUUGUCACCAUCCUUAACAUGCGUUUGUAUAGCAGGGACAACAGUUAUCUUGUCCCUGCGUGGCUCAAGGUUGUGUAUCGAGUUUUAACCUGUACCUGCCGCAAAAAUCAACGAGUCGAAAACGGUGAAAUUGAGCCAGUAAUUGAGACCAAUUCAAACAAAAGUAAGGAAAUACUGGAAAAUAAAUCUGGAUACACUGAAAAGGAAACUAUUCACGAGCUUAAAAUGGACGAAGGCGAUCUUAUUACUUGGACGAAAAUAAGCUAUAUGGUUGACUUGACUGCCCUUUGCACAAGUAUAAUUUGUCACUUCUGA